AUGGGCCAUGGACAUGAGCACGGUCAUGGGAAAGUGGAGCUUCCAGAUUACAAAAUGUGGAAGAUAGAAGGUACUCGCUUGGAGGAAGUCCAAGAAAGGCUGGCUCGGCGGGGACUCAAGGAUCCAUGGCUUCGCAAUGAAGCAUGGCGAUACAUGGGUGGUUUUGCAAAACCUGUCUCUUUCAUGGAUGUUAUGAGCAAAGGAUUCAAGUGGGGAUUUGCAGCCUUCGUGGUAUCCAUUGCAAUUGAGUAUGCAUUUUUCCCACCAAAGAAAGACGGCGGGCAUCACUGAAGACAUUUUUUUCUUUUGCUUCUAAAUUAUCAGUCACUUACAUGUUCUGAUUUUGCAUGGCAAGAUCCUAUUAAAGCUGUUCAUAAAUAA